AUGCUAGCAUUACGAGAGCAUUCCGGUGCUGAUCCAACCGAGGGGCGUCCCACGGUAAUUGGCUCUACGAUCGUAAUAUUCAUGUUGUAUGAUGCAGAUGAGGACGAGGAACGAUUCGAAGUGAAGGAAAAUGAUUAUGACGAUUCAGAAGGUAAUGACAGUGAUGAAAAAAGAAUGGAGGUGGAUCCGCCUGUAGACGUAAAAAGCACCGUGCAGCGGGUCGUCAGCGAGGAAUGGAGUGAUGUUGAAUGUACAGCCCCUAAGAAGAAACGCUCAUGA